CCCGCCUUCCUGGUUCUCUAGUGCAGGCCACUUAGGACUCUGACAGUUUUUAAGCUGAGCUGGGGCUUGGAUAUUAAGCACUCCCAAGAAGUGUGUGUUCUUUUUUCGGCCUGUGGCAAGGCUUUGUACAGGCAGACCAGGCAGACAGAGGGAAGCUCCAAAGAGGAAGGGGAUGGGGGAACCAGUACUUCCCAAGAACAUCCCACACCUGCACAACAGAGAGGACAAGCCAUCAGGAACCAACAUGGUGGAAGAGAAGUCCACAACUCCCUCGGUUGCAAAGCUGGCAGGAAAAUUCCAAGAUCAGUCAUCUCUGUCUGGAAAGGAGAUACCAGUCACUAAACCAGCCCGUAGAAAACCACCAUGCUCCCUUCCUCUCCACACAAACAAGGCAGAGCUUGGCCAGAAUGGUGAGCUAAAGCCAUCUCCAAAUGCUUCACAACCUCUAAAGGUUAAGGUAAAAAGCUCUCCCCUAAUUGAAAAGCUACAGGCCAAUCUGGCAUUUGCUCCAGCUGCCCUGCUGCCAGGAGCUUCUCCGAAAAGCCCUGGCCUAAAAGUAAUGGUUUCUCCAUUUAACAGCCCUCCAUCCACUCCUGUCAGCCCAAAGUCUCAAUCAAGUGAAGCUGAUGAGACACCAGUUAGUUUUGAUAAGCCACCAGAGGGCACUCAUCUUCAAUUUUAUAACAAGGUACGCACACGGGGAUCAAUAAAACGCAGACCACCCUCUAGAAGAUUUCGAAAGUCUCAAUCAGAAUAUGGAGAUGACCUAGAUAUAGGGGUGACAGUUUCAUCUCAGGAGAAUGGUGCCGAGGAGGAGAAUGGUGUAUUUAUGGACAAGAAAAAGGCAACAAAGUCACUCUCUCCCCCUGUGGAUGGUCUAGAUCACCAUGAGAAACAAAAAGAGAUAGGAUCUGAUGAAAACCCCCCACCAGGACUAGUGUCCAGAAGAACAGAAAGCAAAGAGACAGAAGCAGGAGCAGGAGCAGAAGAAACGGUAUUAUGCAAAGACAGCAAAGAAGAGAAGCCACAUCAGAAUGUUUCAGAGGGAAAUUCAUGUGAGAACAUCAAAGACGACAAAGAGAAGAAUCCAGAUCAUGACAAUGCAGAGGAUACAAAAAUAAAAUCACAGAAGAGCAGUUUGAGGGAUAGGGAAGAUGGUAUUGCUUCUGACCAGGAAAUAAAAGAUAAAGGAGAGAGGGUGGCUCAAUUAAGAGAGAGUGAGGACACACAGCUGAUAUCAGACAAACAAGACACUGCAACUCCAGAGCUUGCAGGAGACACAGAAACCUGUACAAGCUCCAGAGUGUGAUAGUAGUAAAAUCAUUGGGCACACAGUAAAUGGGAAACCAAGGUUAUGGAGGGAUUCCCACUACAGUACUUUCUUAUGAAUGAGCAAAAGCUCUUCCUUAAAGGAAAACCCCAAAGAUAUCAGUGUUAUCCUUUUCCUUUGGCAGUUUUUAGGCUAUUUACUGCAGCAAUCUGGUCAUCUGUGAUGGAGGAUAGCCUGAUACAGACAAUUAACAUUCUAGGCUUUUUAAGCUGGUGGCACACCAAGAAGAACGAUUGCGCAGAGAAUUAUUGUAUGUUGACUUAAGGAAUGCAACAAUUACUGGGGCUUUUUAAGCAUUUUUCAUAUAGAAAGAACUAUCAUGCAUAUUAGUUACGUUUUCUGAUUAAAGUGGACAUUUCCAAA